CCAACCAACGCACCGACGCAUCACAUAUCAUACAGCCAGUCAACUCAGUCAGUCAAAACAGUAUUUUCACUAGUAUUCUACUAUUGGUAUCAUUACUAAUUCAACCAGUAGUAGUGUAGCAGUACCAGUGUACCAGCAACCAGCAAAAUUAGAUCAAUACGAAAGGUGCAAGUGGCCGGUUGUCAAGGAAAACUUUAUCAACACAACCAACAACCACCCCUAACAACCAACCAUUAAUAACAAAGUGCUCACUACGCAGUUUUAGUUUUGUUUCGACCUUUGAUAGAUGCUAGUCAAUCAUUUUCUUUUAAUAAUAAUUAAAUAUAAUAAACUAUGUGUUAAACUAUGAAUUUAAAAUUUAUUGAACUUUAUUUCGGUUUAAACAAUUUAUGAAAUUAACAACAAUUGAAGUGCAUCACUGUGUGACUGUGACUCUGUAAUUUUUGCUUCGUUUUCAAAAGAUUUUUUAGUAAUUUCCGUGUUUGUGUGUUGAUUGUGUGUGAGUGUGUUAAAAAUUCCGCAUUUGUACAAUACGUGCGCAGCGAAGCGAAAACUCUAUACGAACGGAUGCGUCGCCAACGCAUAUCGUCCACAAUUUCGUGCAUUUCGAUACGAAUCGGUUGAAUCACGUUGACAAAAACACGCGACGCACAUAACCUUCAAAGCUUUAUUCUUAAAUACAGACAAUGCGUUCGAUUCGGUUACGUAAUAAUUGCACAUCAAUCGUUAUGCAGUUCUAAAUUGAAUUAAAACGUUUAAAAUGACAAAUAAAACGAUUUUAUUCUUCUUGUUGGGUGUAACACUAAUCUGUGCGGUUAACACUAGCGUCAUCUAUGAGACACUAGGAUCUAUUCAUAUUGGUUUGAUUUUGACACAAUGCACGGAGAAUUUGACAGCUGUACAGAAAACUGCACUGCAUUCAACAAUAUGGGCUACUCAACGUGUUAAUGAUUUGAAAUUUGCGAAUCUGAAUGAUUUUCAAGUUGGAUUGACUGUGCAUCAAGUGUGUACGGAAGAUGAUUACCUAUCCGCCAUCUUUGAAUUGUAUAAAAAUGGUUUGGAGCGUGGAGAGUUGUUGUUGGGUGUCAUGGCGGACUACCGUGAUGAAGUACCGAGAGUAGUUCCGGAAUUCGCCGAUAUUUUAAAAGUUGAUUUUUAUGAAAGUGUGAUGUACAAACAGGAAAUCAUUAAAACUGUGGUAAAAAUUCUGGAAGUACUUGCUUGGUCCGAUGAUAUCGAAGUUAUUGCACCGGAUCAAAAUGUUUUGAAAGAGUUUUACCGAAUUACAAGGCGAGAAUGGAUGUGUGUUAAUCGGUUUCAUUUACACGAAACUUUUGUUUAUGACUCCGAAGAAAAUGCAAGUGUAAUACAUCCUAUUGUUUUUCUUGGAUCAGCCGCAGAGAUUUCUAAAAGUCUAUCAAAACUUCAGAAUGCUACAAAUAAUUCUGAGACUAAUUUUAGUACACAAAAAAUACUUCUUGUGCCUUUAGAUUCAGAAGAAAUAACUCCUACUAAAGAAAAUUAUCAUAUUUUACAAUCUACUUUGGCCGAACCUGAAGAACCUUUAAUACCACCAAAAAUCAUCCCUUCGACAAUAUUAUUUGAAAUGGCCGAACCAAUCCUACGAAUGAUUCAAACAUUAUCACAGAAUUCAACUCUGGAAUGUCAGAAUUCAACAAACAUUAAAUGUUUACACAAACUUUCUUCAAAUGGAGAUACAGAAUCCGAAACUAAAAUAUUAUCUCAAGUUGAGAUUUUGAAUCUGCUGAAACUUGAAUCAUUAAGCUCAGAAUUUAAUUAUAUUCUCAAUAACAACCAAGGUGAGCUCAUGAAAUACUCACUUUUUGAGAAUGAUAUUACUGUCAUGGAUGCAACGAAAGAUUAUCAACUAAAAAGAAAUAUUUCCAUCUCCGAAUGUUUCCAACACUUUGAUCAGUGUUUGUUGGAGUGCGAAAACUUUAAAAGUUUUGAUGUCACGCCAAUUUUUACAAGCAACGUCUUUCUGAAUGCAGUUAGGCUUCGUCCUGAGCCUUGGGUGUAUGCAUUCUUUAGUCUAUCGUUAUUAGGGAUUCUGUUUUGUUUGGCGAUAAUGGGAUUUAUCAUCAGCAGACUUUGCAAGAAACAAGUUUUGGAAGGAAAUCCUAUUUUAACCAUUUUAUUGCUGAUUGAUGUGAUUAUAAUGUUUGCAAGUGUUUUGCCGUUUUCAUUAGAAGGAAAUAAGUUUAACAGAUUUGAAAUUUACAUUCUACGAGCAAUUUGCGUGACGAUUCCUUACACUUUUGCUUUUGCCCUUCUUUUAGCACGCACCAUACUCCUUGCAACCGUAUCCAGUGAAGUAGGAUUCAUGUCCCACGUAGCAGGAACAGUCCAAGGAUUCCUCACAUUAUUCAUAUUCGCCGUACAAUGUGCACUUAGUCUCCAAUUGAGCAACUCCUGCGAAGAUUCACCUUUACACCACACAAAUAAUAACUACUCUUUGUUAUCCUUAAUGUCCUACAAUGUAGUUCUCUUAAUUCUAUUAGUAUUCAUCACUCCGUUGAUUGCAAAAUCUAAACGUAACUAUCGUGAAGGAAAACACUUCACAAUCGCAAUAAUUAUGAGCGCAUGUGCAUGGAGUGGUUGGUUACCCGCCUACGCAGUCCUUGAUGAAGCAUGGAAGGACCCUUUGUUGUGCCUGGGCUUAGUUUCUACAGGGAGUAUCUUAUUAGGAAGUAUAUUUAUUCCUCGAACAUAUAUGAUGACUGUAUCCGCCGCUAGAGAGCGUUUUACCAGCGCGCUGCCUUCUUUAGCGACUGCAACCAGCGCUAUGGAUAUAUACAGAGCGUCCACGCAGCCAGUUUACGAUUGCGUCAACGUGGCAGCCAUAGCAGCGGCUAAUUUAAGAGCGCAACAUGAAGAAGAGCGCCGACGCGCGGCAUAUUACUCAGCACCUGAUGGUGAUGGUGAGGUCGAGGAGGAAGAAGAAGAGGAUGAGUUUGUUGUACAAACAUGUGACUCUCCACCGGUAGAUAAAGUGACGAGGUUCUAAAUAAUCUAAAUGAAACUAACUUUAAAGUUCAUGUAAUUAAUCUAAGUCAACUUAAGUUAAGAAUUAACCUCGAAUUGAUAGUUAAGUAAUAUUAAGAUAAGUUGAACAACUUAAGAUUAAGUCCUUAUUCAGUAAAACCGUCCAAAAACAUAGCGUAAGGUCCUAAUGUUAAGAAUUCACUUUAAUUAAUUAAUUAAUUAAUUAAUUUAAGAUUUAACCAAACCGAACCUAACAAUCUAAAAAUUCUAUUUCUAAUUCUAUUCUAUUCUAGUUAUUUUUUUGUUUAAUAACCUAAACAUAGUAAUUUCUUAAGUCAUUCAGUUAUAGAUGGCGCUAGUCUUAUUCAACUAAAGAAGUGUGUGUUCAAUUGUCAUUAAAAUAAUUAAUAAUUAAUUGUAAGCUUGUUUAAGCUCAUUUGUGUGCUGAAUUGUCAAAAUUAAACUAAAAAGAAUGUUAAUCACUAUUUCAUCACUCUGUAUACCAAAUAAAAUUACAAAUCGUGUGUAAUUUAUAA